AUGAAUCUGACAACAGAAUUUCGAAGUAACCCAUUAAACAAGAUCGUUGGCCUCUCCGUCGUCCUCUCAAUGGGGUUUCUUCUUGUGAUUUUGGCGGCCAUCUACGGGAACUGGUUUCCCAUCAUCGACAGCCUAAUCUUUGCCGUGGCAUAUUUGCCAGCGAUCAUCACAAGAGCUGCUUUUGAUAACAGCGACUACGACUUCAAUUUUGACCCGCAGACAACUUCACAAACGCUGGCGAUUCAGGAGGCUGGGAAGUUUCUCACUGGGUUCUUGGUGCUUACAGGGUUCUCGUUACCUAUUCUCUUACACCACUCCUUGAUCUUGACGAAAGCAGCACUGGUGUUGACUAUCAUUGGCGGUGGACUAAUUUUUGGUACGGUUUACACUUUUAGUAAGGCUUUUGACCAGGAGGAGGACAACGACGAUCUCGGUGGCGGCGUGAUAUGA